GAUUAAAUACCUUCUGUUGAACGUGGAGUAUCCGGAAUGCCAGUGAAAUUGUAAUAUAUCAUACAAAAUAUUAAUUAACAGCAGGGCAGAAUCGUCGCUGUCGGCUGAAGCAAAAUAAAAGUUAUUCUGACCUGGUUAGAUUAGCUGUUAGCGGAUUAGCUUCAGUCUUGGCUGUUUUACACAGAAGCAGGUCUUGCCCAGAAACACUAUGAAGCUCUACAGUCUCAGUGUCUUGCAUAAAGGCUCAACGAAGGCCAACCUGCUGAAGGCGGCGUACGAUCUGUCAUCGUUCAGUUUCUUCCAGAGAUCCAGUGUACAGGAGUUUAUGACAUUCACCAGCGCCCUGAUCGUCGAGCGUUCAGCAUUAGGAAGUCGUGCGUCUGUCAAAGAACAAGAGUACUUGUGCCACGUGUACGUGCGGAAUGACAAUCUGGGUGGUGUUGUGAUCGCGGACAGUGAAUAUCCCUCCCGAGUCUGCUUCACUUUACUGGACAAGGUUCUGGAUGAGUUCUCCAGACAGGUCAACAGUAUAGACUGGCCUUCCGGGUCACCGGCGACCAUUCAGUACACAGCCCUGGACAGUCAUCUGGCUCGAUACCAGAAUCCACGCGAGGCUGACGCCAUGACCAAAGUGCAGGCAGAACUGGAUGAAACCAAAAUUAUUUUGCACAACACAAUGGAGUCACUGCUGGAGAGAGGAGAGAAACUGGAUGAUUUAGUUCAGAAAUCCGAACAUCUGGGAAACCAGUCUAAAGCCUUUUAUAAAACGGCAAGAAAGCAGAACUCGUGCUGCGAGAUCAUGUGAUCACGACGAAGAAUCUGAUUGGACUGGACUCAGCCACCCUUUCCUCUCCGGUUUCCUCUACUUUCCCUCUCUUUCUCUCUCUCUCUGUCCUGGUGAGGGCUGAUGCUUUCAUCCUGCAAGCUGUCGUGCACAGCCCAAACCAGCGGCACACAGUAAAACAGGCUCAGAGUGGGGAGGGGGCUGAUUUCCCAUCAUGCACCACAUUUAUCCGCCAUCAGUUUAUGUUGUUCAUGUUGUGUGAGAACUCGGUUUUCUAUUGGGCGUUCCUGGACGGUUCCUCAGGGUCUUGCACAAGCUCAAAACAGAUGCGGAUAAAAGCAUAGAGGGGCUCGAUUCUAACGUCCCCGCUGUGCCUUACUCUAGAUGUGUUUCCCAAACAUGUUCCCGAAGGCACACCAACAGUACUUAUUGUGGAUGUCCCCCUUAUCAAACCCCUUCAGGUUUUGGAGUGUCUUCGGAUGAUUCAGGUGUGUUUGAUUAGGGAGAGGAUGAAUAUGUGCAGUGUUGGUGUGCCUUCAGGAACAGGGUUGGGAAACACUAGUUUAUUUAGCCCUAUCAACGGAGGACAUGCGAGCGCUAAUGCAGCGGUCUGUGUGUCUAGACUCAUUAUUCGGCUUUUCGGCAGUUUUGAAGCGCCUUGUAGAGUGAACAUGUAGCGUGAAGUCUUUUUAAAAUGUGAAAUAUUGAUGUGUUCAUAAUGUGACUGACCAAAUUUAAUGUUUGUGUACACAUAUAAUGCUUUUUUUCCUCUUGGAGAUGUAAAUAAAUAAUUGAAUAUG